AUGGCUUCCUCCACCACUUCCCUCUCCUCCUCCCUCUCCCUCCCACUCCGCGCCUCCUUCCAAGGCGGGUCCACCCUCUCCUGGCCCUGUCCAACCCGACCCUCCGUCGUUCUCCUCUUCAUACCCGGCAACCCAGGUGUAGUAGAUUACUACACCCCCUACCUGGACGCCAUCUACCACUCGCGAGAAUGUGCUGGUUCAGUAGAGAUUCUCGCCGUGGGUCAUAGGGGACAUACGGCCCUUGAGGAGACGAGUGAAGAGGAGAGGGGAGCAUCAGUCAGGUGGCAGAAGGAAGGGACGGGCUUGCAGGCUCAGGUCAGACAUAAGAUUGAGGUGGUCAAGGCUAUUCGCAAGGCAUACCCUCGCUCCGAUAGCGAGGAUGAUGAUGAUGUCAAGAUCAUCAUUGUGGGCCACUCGGUUGGGGCAUGGAUCGGACUGAGGGUGCUGGAGGAGAUGGGAGACGAUAUAGACGGUCUGCAACUCCUAUUCCCCACGGUCAUGAACAUUGCCCAGACGCCCAAAGCAAGGACGCUGCCCCUACUGCUCCUCACUUCACCACUCCUGCCCGGUCUCUUUCUUCCACCGCUCCUGCUCUUCGUCUCUCUGAUACCCUCGGUGCUUCUGCUGGCCGUUGCCAGCUUCGUCUCUUCGAUACCCUCUCCUGCUCUCAAGGCUACAUUCGGCUUCAUCACUACCCCCUCGGCUCCACUCAAUGCCUCUCUGAUGGCCCGUGACGAAUUCCUCACCAUCAAAGGUCUCACGCCCAGCAUGGCUUCUGCUGUCAAGAAGCUGCGAGAGAGAGGCGGCACCCUUAGAAGCUAUUGGUCUAGAGGUGACGAGGAUAGCUGGGCUCCUAGCCGCUCCCGAGACGAGCUCGAGCAGGCAAUCGGUCUUGUACGUAUCAAGCUCCCAGCUAACGUCUACUCAAGUCCUAGCGACAUCUCUGCCACUCUCGGCAAAGGCGGCUCCUCCACUUCAAAGCCGAGCAUGCUCCACUCUCGAACCCUCCAAGUAGGAUCUCUCACUCGUGCUGCCGGUCGAAGAAUUGCGCGAGGCUACCAAGGUGGAUCGCCCAUGGGGAAGAACAAGUCCAAUCCGGCCUCGCCAGCAACACAACCUCCGCCCUUUGUCUUCCCGCAGUCUCACUCUCAAUCCCCUCGAAUGAGUCGUGCCUCACACUCGCACUCUAGCGUCCCUCUCACGCAGCAGCAACAAGCCGACGCGCGAGAAGCAGGCACCACGAGUCCAAUUGCCUCGACUUCUUCCCCACUCAGGAAACGUACCAUCCCGAUGACUUCGAGUGGGCGACGUCGUCCUUCUAUCAAUCUCGCAAAAGCCCGAAGGAGCUUUGAUGGGAGUAUCACGCUCGAGUUACCCGAGGGACAAGACUGGGAUUAUCUCCAGCAAGGCAAUGGAGAUUCCACCGACUUUGAUCUCCCACAACCACUGAUGGAGGAAGACGAGGGGUACAGCAAUGGUGAUUCUCAAACUGAGCGUGGGCAAGGAGGUAAAGUCUUCAAAGGAGAAGACGAGCUCUUCUUUUCUCAACCAGCCAGCAGUAGCAGCAAAAGUGGACUGACACUUGGCACCGGUGGCAACGGUGGUGGUGGGGGAGGUGUUCUUUACUCCUCCCCCGGCAUCUCACCCAUGGAUGUCCAUUCUGCCAAUUCUCCCUCGAAACAACUCGGCGGGACUGCUGCUUCCGCUCACGCUCCCUCUACACCCGUCUCCGCUUCCUCUGCCGCUGCUGCUGCUGCCGGUAAAAAGCACAAGAAGCACCCUCGUGAGCCCCGAGCAGAGGAGGCCAUGACCUCUACUGUGUGCGAGCUGGGUAUGCCGCAUGCCUUUUGCUUGAGGUAUGGACCGCAGAUGGGGGCUGUUAGUGCGAGAUGGUUGGGAGAGGAUUGGCUUUGA